CCACGUCCCCCUGCACUCGGCGCUGGACUACAGCGGUGAAGUCCACAGCAGCUCCCUGCGCUCCGUCUGCUUCUCCCCCGAGGGUCUCUACUUGGCCACGGUGGCUGAUGACAGGCUCCUGAGGAUCUGGGCGUUGGAGCUGCGGUCUCCGGUGGCCUUUGCUCCCAUGACCAACGGUCUGUGCUGCAUGUACUUCCCGCACGGCGGUUUCAUCGCCACAGGAACCAGAGAUGGCCACGUGCAAUUCUGGACAGCUCCGAGGGUCCUCUCGUCACUCAAGCACUUGUGUCGCAAAGCUCUCCGCACUUUCCUGACAACGUACCAGGUCCUGGCGCUCCCCAUUCCCAGGAAGCUGAAGGAAUUCCUCACUUACCGGACAUUUUAA